AUGGAGAAAACACGGAUUGCUAAGGUUGAAAAUGUGACCUUGGCCCGCCGGGCUGAACAGGUGGAUGGCAGCCUCCACCUCACCCCUCACCACUUGAUAUUUUCCCACUUCCCGCCUCUCUCCAGUGAGGACCAGGCCAAAGGUGUCACCGUCAGACCAAGAGAGCUCUGGAUUACCUACCCCAUUAUCGCCUUUUGUACCUUGCGACCAGCUCCCGCUGCAUCCCGCCAACUCUCCUCCAUCCGCCUUCGGUGUCGAGACUUUACCUUCGUCUGUUUCUAUUUCACCAACGAGCAAAAAGCACGUGAAGUAUUUGAUGGUAUUAAGCAGUGGACAUGCAAAUCAGGUCGCCUCGAUAAGCUAUACGCGUUUUCAUAUCAACCACCUCCGCCCGAGAAGGAAUUCAAUGGGUGGGACUUGUACAACCCGCGCCAGGAGUGGGUACGCCAAGGAGCCCUAAAAGAGAACUCAGGAUGGCGUAUAUCCGAAGUCAAUACCGACUAUAGUUUCUCCCCGACAUACCCCGCAUUGAUUCCCGUGCCCUGUUCUAUAUCCGACAAUACCAUCAACUAUGCAGGACGAUACCGCUCCAGAGCAAGAAUUCCUACUCUCACAUAUUUCCACCCCGUGAACAACUGCACCAUCACAAGAAGCUCCCAGCCACUGGUAGGCGUGCGCCAACAUCGCAGCAUUCAAGAUGAAAAGCUUCUGGCCGCUAUCUUCUCAACUUCUCGAUCAGAGCGUCCCUUGGCCAGUUUUGCUCAAUCUCAUUUAGAGAGGGAAGCAUCCGAUUCAAGCCAGGAAAGCUCAGGGUCGAAUCAAACAGAUCCAGAUAUGUCAAAUGCUGAGGAAAUCGAAGAUGAUAUGCUAGCUGCGGCCCACGGGGACCCUGAGGAACAACGGCGUUUGAUCUAUGGUGCACAGCAGCAAAAUCUUAUUGUCGAUGCCAGGCCAACCGUCAACGCCCUUGCGAUGCAGGCAGUUGGGCUAGGCUCGGAGAAUAUGGACAACUAUAAGUUUGCUACUAAGGCGUAUCUGGGAAUCGACAAUAUUCAUGUCAUGCGUGAUUCUUUGAGCAAGGUGGUAGACGCCUUGAAAGAGACAGACGUGACGCCGCUUGGACCUAAUCGAGAUCAGCUGGCACGAAGUGGGUGGUUGAAACACAUUGCCGGCAUUCUAGACGGGGCUGGGUUGAUUGCUCGUCAAGUUGGACUCCAGCACUCUCAUGUGCUGAUCCACUGCUCUGAUGGCUGGGACCGGACAAGUCAGCUAAGUGCACUCAGUCAACUUUGCUUGGAUCCUUACUUUCGCACUUUGGAAGGUUUCAUGGUUUUGGUAGAGAAAGACUGGCUUUCGUUUGGACACAUGUUCCGCCAUCGAUCAGGUCACUUGAACAGUGAAAAAUGGUUUCAGAUUGAAAAUGAGAGAAUUGGCGGCGACAGCAAUCGUGGAUUUGAAAGCAGCGGAGCAGGAAAGGCCAUUGAAAAUGCGUUCCUCAGUGCUAAAGGUUUCUUUGGUCGAGACAACAAUAGUCGUGAUUCGUUGCCAGAUUCUGAUGGGGAAAUGCAGAGUUACGAUUCUGACAGUCCAGCUAAAAAGCCAAAUUCUGCCCCACGCUCAAUUGUGUCUGAGAAAGAAGUCACGAAAGUCAAGGAAACCAGCCCUGUUUUCCACCAGUUCCUUGAUGCUACCUACCAGCUGGUGUAUCAACACCCAACUCGCUUUGAAUUCAACGAACGCUUCCUGCGACGCUUGCUAUAUCAUCUCUAUGCUUGUCAAUUUGGAACAUUCCUGUUCAAUAGCGAGAAGGAACGAUUGGAUACAAAGGCGAGAGAAAAAACUCGGAGUGUAUGGGACUAUUUCUUGGCCCGUCGAGAACAAUUCACCAACCCACAAUAUGAUCCUGAAAUUGAUGACCACACGCGCGGCAAAGAAAGAUUGAUCUUCCCCAAUGCGAACGAGACGCGCUGGUGGAAUGAAUCGUUUGGUCGUUCGGAUGCAGAAAUGAAUGGACCUCGACCUUCUGACGCCUCGGGCGCAAGCGAGAGUGAAAGUCCUGUCCCUCCUAGGACUUCGGUGCUGACAGGCAUUGAAACUGCGCAGGAGCCAGUAAGCUCGGGAAUUCCAGGUGCCAAUGUUUCCAACGUUGCGGCAUCGGGGCUUGCUGCUGUUACCUCUGGCAUUUCAAGUCUUUCCGUCCUAAAGAAUAACCCAUCGGAACCUAAAGGAGAAGAGAACCAGAAGCAAAUGGAAGUGGAAAUGCAAUGA